GAAGAAGCCUCAGCAGUAACACUUGCCAAAGCGGCUCAGCCAGCGAGCUGCCCUUUUAAGAUCCACCGUUUACAUUUGAAGUCAUAAUUUUGAGCCACGGUCGCUCUAUAUCUCGCGCUGUCUGUGUUGUGUCGGACACGCGGCUGGGUAUGGGAUUUUCUUUAACGUAACUUCACGGCGGAAGCAGCAGUUUUUUGGACCGGCAUUUUCGACGCCUCUUCGCAGCGGAUUUACAAAGCGUCUCCGGAGCCAGCAAUGAUAAUCAGCACCCUGGACGGAGACUAAGCGUUUCAGCACCAGGGACAGCGACUAACUGUCCACCGGAGGCUGUGGAGAGGCUGGCACGUGGCAAGAGGAGGAGGGAAGGAUGGAUCUUCAAACCGAUGUAAGAGCCUCCCCCCAGGGAAGCUGGCGUCGGACGCAAGGCCUCAUGGGCCGUUGACCUACUGUCUCUGUGAUUUAUGGCGGCUGGAGGCCUCCGGCCACUGCAGACUCCUUUCCUCUCUCUCCUCCGCUUCCCUUCACACACACUGCAGGAUUGCAAGGAGCCACACACACUGCACCACCGUCUGCAGGAGUAUCCGAAGAGGAAUUCCUCGCACAUGCUGAGCUGCAGCACGGGCGCGCAUACAACUCCUGCUUCCUGCGCCGUCGCGUACAGAAAUAAAGCCCUCCAUAAACAUUUCUACACUGCAGCACCGUGUCCCGCAAUCCCAUCGCAUGUGCAUUAGACCGAGCCGGCUCCAAGAGUAUUCUCCGUUUGACUGUGUGUGGAUGACUAUCAGUCAUGGCGUGUCAGCCGUAGAGCCGUUGGUUCUAGCUGCAACGCCGGGGGGGCCGAGGCGGAUCAAUGGAAGUGCGUUGAGUAACGAGGUGAUGUUCCUGUUUUCACAUGGCCUGAGAGCAAUCAGCAGCCAGCAUCUCUCCACUGACUCCACACACUGCUCUGCUUCUACAUUGCAAUAAGCGUCCUCCUCUAUGGACUAUUAGUGCAGCGACUUAUAGUGCUGUUCUAAUAUUAGACACACGAGUCAGAGCUGUCAGACCACCUUAAAUACAUUUAUUUUUUUCCUCCAGCCGUAAAGGUUUGGAGAGGACACGGUGCCGUCUUUACCUUCUGGACUAUUUUGUUUUGCUUUUAAAAGCUGGGAACUGAGAGUGAGAGCCAGCAGGUGCCCUCGCCAUGGUGUUGCCACCCCCAGACAAACGCCACGUGUGCCUGACCACCAUCGUCAUUAUGACCAGCAUGGCCUUCAUGGACGCCUACUUGGUGGAGCAGAACCAGGGUCCCAGAAAGAUCGGUGUGUGUAUUAUAGUGCUGGUAGGGGACGUAUGCUUCCUCAUAGUGCUGCGAUACGUGGCAGUGUGGGUCGGCGCCGAGGUGCGCACCGCCCGGCGAGGAUACGCCAUGAUCCUCUGGUUUCUGUACAUCUUUGUCCUGGAGAUCAAGCUCUACUUUGUCUUCCAGAAUUGCAAGGCAGACAGGAAGAGUUUGGAGACGGUGGCCCGGAAGGCUUUGACGUUGUUACUAUCUGUAUGUGUGCCAGGCUUAUACUUGGUUCUCGUGGCUCUGGAUAGUAUGGAAUACGUGAGAACUUUCCGUAAGAAGGAGGACAUGAGGAGUCGUCUAUUCUGGGUGGCUCUGGACCUGCUGGACCUGCUGGACAUCCAAGCCAACCUGUGGGAGCCCCAGCGGACAGGCCUGCCCAUCUGGGCCGAGGGCCUGAUGUUCUUCUACUGCUACAUCCUGCUGCUCAUCCUGCCCUGCGUGUCGCUCAGCGAGAUCAGCAUGCAAGGGGAGCACAUGUCGCCCCAGAAGAUGAUGCUGUACCCGGUUCUGAGCUUGGUCACCAUAAACGUGGUGACCAUCCUCAUACGAGGCGUGAACAUGGUGCUGUUUCAGGACAGCCGCGUCUCCACCAUCUUCGUCGGAAAGAACGUGGUCGCGAUCGCCACCAAGGCGUCCACCUUCCUGGAGUACCGCAGGCAGGUGAAGGAGUUCCCCCACCCGCAGAACGCCAUGGCACUAGAGCUGCAGCAGAACAGCCACACGCAGCCGCUGCCCAACGCCACUAGUUUGCCACACGAACCUUCGCCGGUACAGGAUGUCAUUGACACAUGACCAGCCAGCGGUGGACUGAGCGCCAUUAGAGACUGACUGCUUUUUAUGAAAGCUCCAGCAGUGGAGGUAGAUAGAGACAUCAGCUGCAUGACAGGAUGAUACUCGGCACUUGUCAAGCCCACAUGAACUGCUGUGAAACCAUAAAAGAGAUUUUCAGCAUCACCUGCCUGUCAGAACAUACUGUAAACCUACACUUGACUCUGAGUGCAGCGUGCAGACUUUGAAAUCGAGUCAAAAAGGUUUUUAUCGUGCCAUUGUGUUUUUAAUUGUUUCAGAAGUUUUAAAAGUUCAAACUUUUAUUAGAGACAAUCUCCACAGUGCAAAGCCCGGUGACAUUAUGUUGUGUAAAAACGGACAGUUGGUCCCGCCUCGGUGAGCAUCUUGUAUUUUUUAAAAAGGUCACUUUUUUUUUUUUUUUCAACAGUGCAUCUGUGGCAUUUCCUUUCAAUUCCAGCACCAAAGGACGGACCACUCAGCGUGAAGCUCUGAUGGAGAGGAGAUGCGGAGAGUGACACGGGUCAGUCAUGGGCGGCUAUCUGUGCUGCUCUAGAGCAAGGUCGGUGGCAGACGAAUGCUUUUUCCUCCUGUCUUUGGUUCCGCUGAGAAAAGAGCUCUGUGGAAGCCGGUCAGUGUGACACUUUACGGCCAAAGGUCUGAUUAAAGCACCAGAGCUCAGCACUAUACCUCCCACUGCAGGCAUCCGAGCGUGGGCGGUAUAGUCCAGAGCUGUCUACGUGCACACGCACACCAGUCUGCAGAGUAUGUGUGCCCGGCAAGCGUACAUGUCCAUGUUCACCGCAGGAGGUGCAGGUUAUUUGAAAUCGUUUUGGAACAGAUGUGAGUGGUUGAUGUGUGUGAUGAAUAGCAAAUGAUACAAAAUAUGUAGUGACGUCAGAAAAAAAAGAAGUUAUAAUAUGAUGGGGGUAAGAUGUGUUUUGUUUUCCUGUACUGUACAUUCCUCUAAAACUAGCUGAAGCCUUGAAGUCAGAGAAUGCAGAGAGUCUACAGGGAGCGCCUCACUGAAGAAUUGACAAAAGAUAAAGCAUAAAUACUAUAACACACAAACAGAAAAAUACUUUUUCUGAUGUUAUUCAGUUAAUUAUUAUUAUUAUUAUGAUUAUGAUUAUUAUGUACAUUCUUUCCUUGUUGGAGGCCAAUGAUGUUUUAAUAAAAGUAUGUAUAAAAGAAUAAUGAUGAGAGCUUGGUUUCUUUUUCCAAAUUGUUUUUAGUAAGUAUCUAAUAUUCUUAGCCAAAUGAAAGGUUCUCUAUACCACAUUCAGAGCAUUUAUUUAGCAGCAAGAGAAUAGUUGCUAUGUAGAGAUAAAGUAGAGCAAUGUCUCCUUGAGUAGAGAAGGAAGUCACUUUCCUCUGUGUGUUGUAAUCAGAGCUUCUCUACUUUGUUGGACAGCCAUGCAAAUGUGAUAAAAAAUGUAUAAACCUUUUUCUUUCAUAAUUUCUCCCCUUUUUCUUCCCAGCACUCUUUAUUGUUUCCAUAGAGAGUUUCGUUGACUGAAGUGUUGUGGUGGGAGAUGGAGAAGUCAGCCACACGAGGACAGUCUGUCACUUUACUGUCGUAAGGUUACCUGCUGAUCUCAGCUUACAGAGACACACGCCAUCAGCAUUAACCGUCGGCUGCAGAGUGUUUUUUUUUUUUACUUUUCAAGCAAAAUAUAGGGCAUUUUUUAAAAAGAUUCUGAUUUCACUCAUGGGUCUCAAAAUUGUUCAAAGCUGUCUAUUUGAACAAUUGGAGCAAAAUCAAACUGACUGGACUGCAAAGACCAGAACAAACGUCAGUCAUAAUAUGAUUCACAAAGGUACAGGAUAUUAUAUGACUGCAUUGCAUUUUUACCAUUAAAGCUAUUAUUAAUUUAAGCUCUCCUAAUUUGCAGGGGUAAAGCCACACUACAGACAGAGUAAUGACACAAGUACGUUUGCUCACUUCACCGCCAAUUAUUCUCAGCAAAGCAAAGACAGCUAUUCCAACAGCUUAAUAUUAUUGUAAUUAAAAAAUGUGCUUAGUUGGCAAAUUGCCUCAAGACCCAAGUUGCAGUAUAUUUGCAAAAUAUGCUAAACACACAGAGAGGAAGACUCAAAAAGUUACAGCACUGCAAGAAACUAAGUAUGCACAAUGAAGUGGUCACGCCCCAUGAUAUUGUUGCUUCAAGCUCAUCAAACAAGCGGCCGUUUAAACUGACUGAGCAGGAUCAGUUUGGGGCUUACAGUAUCUGCACAAACUGCCAGUCUCCUCUCUUGGAAUCUAUAUUGGAAAAAGAUAUAAAAUGUUCUUGCUGGUGGUGCAGUGUUAAGUAUUUCUGAGGCAUGUCUCUCCGGGCACAUCCAGUUCAUCCUGGUUAUCUGUUUUUCAGUUCAGCUCCUGUCUUACAGUAACUCUGCACCAUGAGGCCUAAUAACUGACAUAUGAAAUAACUAACAACAGCUGAGAGUGACACAACACAAUAAAUAGAUUAUUAUUUCUAGAUAAUUCCUGAAUUCGGGCUGUUCAGGAUCAUUCCGGUUCAUAGUUUUUGGCCGUGAUUCCUGUCGGUAAUUAUACACAUUGUACUCACCAAGUGAUUUUUUUUGAGAUCUUGCAACAUGGUGACAUCACUAAAAAGAGAUCACAGCAAAAAAACACGUGGUCAGACGAUCAUGCAGCUUUCAAACCAAAGCCACAGACAGACUAAAGCCAAGAAAACAACGGCGAACGGUAAAAAUAUAUCUUUUAACAUCAGUGCAACACUAAGCAGAGCAUUGACAUUGUUUCCAAACUUGUACUGGCCUGAUUUUAUGCCAGGUUUUGUGGCAAAAGUUCAAUUUAAUUAAACUUUGACCCUAAAUGUGCUGAUCCGCAUGUCCAGUGAAAUUCUGGCGUGGACUUUAUGACAAGAGAUAAUUCUACUGUUGAGAAUAAUUAAUUCUGUACAUCUCUGAAUUCCUGGAGUAGUUGAACUUUUCUCCGAUCCUACUGGGACGUGAGGAAAAAGGAGGACGGGGAUACCGGGAGAGAAAUUUAACAAAGGGAUUAAUAUUUACAUACGGAUGGAAUCUGUAGCAUCCUAUCUAGCUGCUGUGUAGGAUUAUGUGCUGCACUUCAUUCUUCGCACUAGCUCAUGUAAACUAUUCCCACUCUUACCCAGACAGUCCAUUGUGUUAAACAUCCAUCAUAGUUUACAGACCACUGGUUCAACCUUGACCAACCACACUAACCGUAGCACAAGCGUAUGUUUUUUUCCUGUGCAAUGAAAGAUUAUUCCUGACAUUUUGGUUGCAAUCACUUUCAGUUUUUACCUCCAAUUAAAGUGGUUCACACUUUGUAUUUUGGCUUGUUUGCAACCAGCUUGAUCAUCUGAAGACAUUUGUUUCUUUUGUUGUUGAAAUGUUGCCAUAUUAUCAGAUAUCAGCAAUUACUGAAAUGAGUAUUUCUCAUAACCAAUAGAAACAAUGGACAAAACUGCAACAUAAGACCCACGUUCGUUGACAUUUGACAGAAGUGUAUGGUCAGUCUCAAACCCAUCACUGUCACAUCAUUACAUAAUAUGCUGUUGGACUAAAAGGAUGCCAUCGGUUGCUGUUUGCUUUGUUUCACAUUAAUACACAUUGAUAUUGCAUUUCACUGUUUGCU